UCCGCCUCCGUCAGCGGGGUGCUGCCGGGAGCCGCGAUGCCGCUGUACGAGGGCCUGGGAAGCGGCGGGGAGAAGACCGCAGUGGUGCUCGACCUGGGCGAGGCCUUCACCAAGUGUGGUUUUGCAGGUGAAACAGGACCAAGAUGCAUUAUUCCUAGUGAAAUAAAGAAACCUGAUGUCUCUAAGCCUGUCAAAGUUGUUCAGUAUAACAUCAACACAGAGGAGCUGUAUUCAUAUCUGAAGGAAUUUAUUCAUAUGUUGUAUUUCAGACAUCUUCUGGUGAAUCCCAGAGACCGUCGUGUAGUGAUCAUAGAAUCUGUGCUCUGCCCUUCCCACUUCAGAGACACUCUUGCCAGAGUCCUUUUCAAGCAUUUUGAGGUGCAUAUUUGAUGUAACUACGUAUGUGCUGAGCGUAGCACUUAAUGGUAGGAACCGUAGUGAUGGUAUGGACAAAGGAGUG